UCUGCUCAGCCAGGUGCUUUUCUGUUCAUUCAGGUUUAUUUAGAUUAUUUCUGUUUAGUUUUGUUCCUGGAUUAUUGUGUUAGAUGUGUUUUCUUUAUAUUUCCUUAUAGAUCUUGUUUCACCCUGGUUUUGUCCCCUAGUUUAGUUUCAUUGUUGACCUUUUCUGUUCAGUAGACAUGUCCCUGUUCUCUUCCUGCACUCCUGGCUUUUUCAGGUUAAUUAGGCACUCUCCCUCAGUCUUCCUGCAGCCCUUCUUCUGAUUAGCUCCUCUCCGAGUUCAUUGGUCCAAACUCCAAUUCCCUCAGUAUUUCAGCUCUGUGGUUUUCUUUGUUUGUGACUGGUUCCUCCUGUUUGUUACCUUGACGGCUACCUGAGUCCAUGCUCCUGUGAUGGUCCUGUUUGUGAUUCACCUGCCUGAGUUCCUGUACCUGGUCAAACUGUAAGUUUGUCACUCAUUAAAUCCUUCUCAUCAUAUCCACUACUCUGCAUUUGGGUCCUACCUCAACACUCAUUAUGACAGCUUUGGACUGUUUAGGGCUUCCUUUUCACAGCCUGGAUCUCAGAUCCUUUCUGAUGUUUUAGAACCUGGCCUCUACUGUUCUGUACUGAGAACCUGUUCCUGUGCACCCCUGUCCUGUUGUUCAGUGCAGCGCUCUCUAGUCAUUGGUAAGACUUGUCGGUACACUCCAUGCAGAAGUUUGUCUCUCCACUAGGGUUCCUUCUGUUCAUCUUGUUGCACUCUGGGUUUCUGCUGCUUGAGACAUUUCACCAGAACCUUUGCUGUUUCAUCCUCGAUGGUGACAUUUAUGCUUACUUGACUUGGAACUAAUUCUUUACAGCCUCAGGAUGCUGGACCUUGGAUGCACUGGGAGGAACUUUCAUGCCUUGUUAUCAAUGGCUUCUUUUCCUUCACCCAGUCUAUUUUACCUAUAGGGUGUAUACAUUGAUUUGGACUUUGUUUGAAUCAUUCAGAACCUACCUUACUGACUGUAGGUACCUGGUUGUGGCUGACUUCCUUGCAGCCUCACUGAGGUUGCUGUGUCCCAUGGUAUUUGUAGCUGUCUUUAACAGCAGCGUUGCCUUCAGGUAUCUUAACCCCUUCAGCUAUGAUCAGUGUACUGCUCUUCAUACUGUUGGGCUGAAAGUAUCGGAUCUGAAUGAGAUCCAGUGUCCUUACUGUAUAUAGUUUAGGCAGCACCAGUCAGCUUGAUUUCCUUCGACAUGUCGUCCUGUUAACUGAGUCAGAUACAUCAAGUUUCUCCUCAUUUUCAGAUCAAAGUUGUUAAUUAAAACGAUAAUUUGAACUCAGAGAUAAAUAACUCCAACGAUGGGAUGAUAAACAUCACGGACAGGCUUUAAAUCGAUUUUCCACCUCCAGAUGGUUUCUCUUAAUCAGUUCCUCUCCAGCUCAGUUUCUAAAGAACAGAAUUAUCCAGUUUCAGUGAAUUUAAUUCAUUUCAAAAAUGAUUUAUUAAUCAAAAAGGGAAACUAAUUGUUGCUUUAACUCAUAUCUCCAUCUCCAGAGGUUCUAGAGGAGUCCCCAAAACAGAACCAGCCUUCUUUAUCAGCUUGUUGGGCAUCUUUAAUUCACGGGUUCUGAUACUUCUACUCCAAUAGAUAAUGACCGAAGAGAUUACACUCUCCACAGCAGAAUUAUGGAAGAGCUACAGCAUCUUGCUGCAAACACUGAAGGACCUAAACUUCCUCAAGAAGUACAGUCUGCUCCAUUCCUUCUAGUAGAUGGCUUCACUGCUGCUUCUCCGGUUUAGUGUGUGUAUAUAACACUUCAUUAAGGAUCCAAUUUUUACUGGAAAUACUUUACAGAUUCAAAUGACAAGAGAAAAUUUUAGAAAGACAGAAGUUUCAUUACCAUAGAGAUUAGAGGCAUCGGAUGAUUAAAAACAGGAUCUGGGUCAUUCCAGAUUAUCAGAACCAUCAGAGAUCAAAGCCUCAAAGAAACUUACACACAUUUUAUCAGCAAUGAAACUGCUGAAGGGACUUUAAUCACCUCUGCAGUAGAUGGAGUACACUGAUAAGAGGAUUCUCCCCCAUCACUUCCUCUGCUGGUUAUAUGACCGCAGAUCAAAUUUGAUGGUCACAUAGCUCCUUAAAUACAGCUGAUCUGAGAGCAGAGAGGUUCAGGAGCUGGACCGGACCACACCACAGUGAAGACGAUAUGAAGCUGCUGAGAUGCACAAUCAAGAUACUGAUGGUAUUCUGCAGUGCAUUGUGGGUUACCUGCUCAGGGAAACGGGUUCUUCCUCCUUCGUGUAACUCCACGCUGGCGUUCUCCAAUGAGAUCUCCUCCCUAUCAGAAGGAAGUGGGAACAUCAACCUCAAGUCUCUGUCUCCAUGGACCUGGAGGACCACUACAGUGCAGAACCAAAUUCCCUCCACCAUCUGGGAAGCCAACUGCAGCAGCGAGUUCUGUUCCCCUCUGAAACCGGGACAGCUGGGACAUCACAAUCUUAACUCAGUGCCCGUCUACCAAAACAUACUGGUUCUGACCCGGAUUGAGGGCAGCCACUGCUACACUGCCUCAUACCGCUCAGUGGCAGUCGGCUGUACCUGCGUCAGAGCCAACGCUGGCCAGAACUAAAUCAGCAGAAAACAGACCCAGAAUCUCCAACAGGACAAAAUGAAAAGCUUAAUAACACCAGAUGUUGAAUUUAUACCAGAACCGGAACUUGAACCACACCAUGAACAUAAACCAGAAUCUAACCUUGAACUUAGACUGGGAUCUGAAACUGAGCCUGACCCUGAAAUGAGACCAGCACCAGAACCAGGAUGCAAAAUCUGAGGACGAGCAAAAAACCCGAAAAAAACCAACUGAGAUUUUGUUCUUGAGUUUGAUUUUGUUUGAUUUACUCGUCUUAGUUGAUUGCCUCCAUAACAUCUGGGUCUGAACAGUUUUAUUGACUGGGUGGAAAACGGACUCUGACAGAACCUGCCUCCUCUAACAUGUUAACCCGGUUCUGGAUCUCUUCUGAAUUUGAAGCUAAUUAGUUGUAAAGUUUUGGCUCUACUUAUUAAAGCAGAGAUCAUUGACAUCCUGAAACAAACUGAAUGUUUAUUUACAGUAAAAGUGAACGUCGCUGCAGAAGAACAGCAAAUAUUGUCCAUCGUAGUUAACUGGACUGAACCCAGUCCAGUUUGGGUCUUGAUUUAUCUUUUUAUCUGUUUGAUUAUAAAAAAAACAGAACAU